AGAUGUGUAUGUAGGCUGGCCUGGCCGCACACAUGACGCUCGUGUGCUGUCCAGCUCUCCCAUUUUCCAAAUGGCAGAAGAAAAUGGUGGCUACCUGUUUCCACAUGAGAACUCAAGGAUUGUGAAUGGAGUUGAGGUUCCUGUCCCUUUAAUUGGUGAUGCUGCAUACCCACUCAAGAAAUGGCUUAUGAAGGGUUUCACAAAUCACCAAGCGCUGACCCCUCAACAACGGCUGUACAACUACCGACUGAGCUCAGCACGAAUGGUUGUCGAGAACGCCUUCGGACGACUCAAAGGGCGUUGGCGGUGCUUACUGAAGCGCAACGAUGUCAACACCGCACUGAUGUCAGAUGUUGUUGCUGUUUCUUGUGUUCUGCACAAUAUUUGUGAGAUGCACGAAGAAACGUUUCUGCCUGACUGGAACAUCACAGAUGUUUUGCAAGAGCCAGCGCAAGAUGUUUUCCAGGGAGUGGGAGGCCGUAAUGCUCAAGCAAUUCGGGAGGCUAUGAAAACGCUCUUCUAAAUUGUUUACACUGUUACAUGCACAUCCAUCUGUACCAAAAGCUGUGAAAUUACGCAUGAAAAACAAAUAAAACAUGUCAACAAUUCUCAAUAAAAAAUAAUUUAUUUUGGAUAGAAUAUAAAGUGUGUUGUGCCUGUUUACAUCAAAUGUAACCAUUUCAAGUUCACAGUAUGACAAAAAUAAACAAUAUAAAACAAAAAUUAAGUUUAAUUGGAAAAAAAGUGUAUUAAGAUAUAAAGAAAAUAAGUGUAUAUAAUGGA